GGCCGAACCCUAGAAAUGGUUUACUAUUUCCUACUGUUAGUAAGACCAGAAUGUGCAGUUCAUUUUGGCUAAAUAGUAACAUUGUUUGGUAAAGUAUCUGUGUUGAGGCCAGAAUAAACUGACAGUCUGUGUGCUGCUUAUUUCAGAAGAGCUGAGCAGAUUUAAAGGAAAGGAUCUGGCAUUCGUCUGAGGGUUAAAAUAUAAAGUCCAUGUAUUAUCUCUAUGUGGAAUCAGAAGGGAGGGACACAGGUGAAGUUCAGAACUUCAUUUGUGGCAGCAGCGCAGUGCUUUUGUACACUGUAUGCUGAAGAACAGCUCUUGUUCUGACUGAUGUCUAAAGCAAAGAUGGCUACAUGUCACUGGAUUCUCCUUGUGUGUCUCAUGAUGAAGGCUGCCGCACUGGAUCGGGAAGACUGCAGCGGCACCCCAGAAGACAGAUGUGAUUUUGUUUGUGACUGUAAAGACUGUAGUGAUGAGCAGGACUGUGGUUAUGGAGGACGAGAGUUUGUGUGUGAUUUUGAGCACGAGGGGAAGUGUGGAUGGACUGAAAAUUCAGAAGAAGGUGUGUAUAUGUGGCAGAGACAGCAGAGAGGAAACACUCUUCCUGACAGUGGGCCGUCCUCCGACUACACCACUGGCACUUCCACAGGCUGGUUUAUGGCAGUGACAGCUGUGACUUCAGAUGCCCCGAGAACUGCUGUGCUCGUGUCCCCUACAAUAAAACAUUCCUCUCCUACUUGUCGCCUUCGGCUCAGAUACUUCAUCUGGGACUCAGGUUACACAGGGCUGGGUGAUGCCCCUCUGUGGGGGUCAGUGUUGCAAACUGGCGGCGAGGAAGCUGUAGUUUGGAGGCCAGAGAACUCAAGCUUCCGAGGCUGGAGGGAGGCCACCGUUUACCUUGGCCGUAUUCCGGGCCCUUUCCACAUCCAGCUUCAUUCCAGACGCAGUGAAGGGAAGCAGGGAGAUGUGUCCGUCGAUCACAUGGAAUUUCUAGAUUGUGCCCUGCCAGUUCCUCCUGAAAGUGGAACAUGCAUACCUGGUUUUGUGACAUGUAAGCGGAAGGGAUGUGUGGAGGACUAUAAAGUGUGUGACGGCACGGAUGACUGUGGUGAUGGAACGGAUGAAGAGAACUGUGAGCAGAACAUGAGCUGUGACUUUGAGGAUGGUCUUUGUGGAUGGGACAUAAGGACAAUAUCACCCUUGAAAUGGACAAGAACAAAUCAGAUGAAUAUAUCACUUUCUGAGCCUCAAAAAGGACCUGGUAGAGACCACUCAACUAACACGAUGACGGUCGCAUUUCAAUGUUUAAUUCAGAUGAUAAUGUACACACAUCAGUUUGGCCGAGUGUCGGGCGGACUGUCUGUGUUGGUGGCUGGGACGGAGAUUUAUCCUGUGUGGGAACGUGGAGGUGCUCUUGGGGACUUAUGGGUAAAGGCUGAGGUGGAGUUUGUUGUCAAUAGCACGUUCCAGAUACUAUUUGUUGCUGCCAUUCGAAACCAUACGUAUGGAGGGAUCGCCAUUGAUGAUAUUGUGUUGUCUCCUGAGUGCAUCUUAUCCAAUGAUAAUGCAUCAAUGCCAGUAUUUCCAAAGCCUCCCGCUAAACCUUGCAUAGAGGACAGUCUAAAAAUCUGUGACUUUAAAGAGGACUGUCCUGCUGGAGAAGAUGAAGCUCAGUGUGGGGACUUCUCAUAUGAGAUGGGAAGCUCUGGCUGGACAGAUACUAGUAUAGGGAGCCAGGCCUGGGAGCUAGAAGAGUAUAAUGACACCUUCGUUCAAGAAGAGUUCCUGUUUGUGACUGGUGCUCCUGGGCAGCAGUUAAGUGAAGCUCAAACUCGUACCCCUCUCCUGGGUCCGUCAGGUCCAGCGUGCACCCUUCAGUUCUCCUACAGUCUCAAUGGCAGUAACCCACACAUAGGUAAACUGGCAGUGUAUGUUGUGGACAGUGUGUUUGGGACUCAUGCUGUGCUGUGGAACUUUACUGGAAGGACCAAUAAGAUGGCAGGGACUUGGCUAAAAGAGGAAGUGUAUGUUGGAGCAAGAGAUAAUCGCUUUCAGUUUGAGUUCAUGGCCCAUUCUGAAGCGCUCUCCCCAAGUAACCAGAUUGCAGUGAAGGAUGUGUACUUUGUUAACUGUUCUCCUCUGUAUAUCCCCUCUGGUGAUGUAUCAUGUAAUUUUGAGGUAAAUUUGUGCGGGUGGUCCCAGGACCAAACAGAUAAUUAUGACUGGAAGCUUCAUACUGGAAUGGACCACACUGUCCAUGAUGGUAGAAGUCUGGUGGUGGAUAUGUGGGACACUUCAUUGCGAGGUCUUUCUGGACGUCUCCUCUCAAUCAGACAGUAUAUUCACACUGAGCACUGUCUGUCCUUCUUCUAUAAACUCUACGGGCCAAACACAGGCACUCUCAGUGUAAAGCUGCUAUUUGCUGAUGGCUCAGAAGAGCUGUUGUGGAUGCGCAGCGGUGCCCAUGGUAACGUCUGGCAUGAGGGCCAUUGCCCUGUGCCUCCUCAGCUCUCUGCUUUCCAGCUGGUGUUUGAGGCAACUCGCUCUGGUUUUGAUGGUCAGUUAGCGUUAGAUGAUGUGGCGUUUGUGACGAGACCCUGUUCCUUGCCCACUAUGUGCUCGUUUGAGAGUCAGACUUGUGGCUAUACCAGUUCUACAAAAGCCAGGUGGAUACACCAAAGCUGGGCAAUACACAAAACUGGACCUGAGACCGACCACAGCCUGGAAACAAAAAACGGGUUCUACAUGCUGGCCCACAGCGGUGUGGAUGUCCUUCCAUUGGGCAGUGUGACCACCUUGACCUCACCUGUGCGCAGAGGUUUGACUCACACCGAAUGUGUACAAUUCUGGUACCAUACAGGAGGAGAAAAGUCAGGCACGCUGAAUGUCUAUGUGAAGCCAUCUGAUGGAGACAUGAUACAGAUAUUCUCUAGCAGUGUCGGGCAGGGACAUGCCUGGCGUCAUGGCCAAGGGAACAUCAGCUGGCAUGGGGACUGGCAGCUGCAGUUUGAGGUGAAAGGUGAAGGAGGCUUAUUGAGUUUCAUUGCCAUUGAUGACAUCAGCUACUCGACCCACAGCUGCCCCACACCAGAUAGAGUCUGUGAUUUCGAGAAAGGUUUCUGUGGUUGGUCCAACACUCAGAAUGCAUCUUUAGACUGGUUAGACUGGGACCUGACCAGUGCGCAAGCUGAGAAGUUCUACAGCACACCAGCAUAUGACCACACACUGUACACAGAGGAAGAUGACAGCAAACUCAUAGUAUGGAGGCUGUCUGAAGAAUCCAAACAAGAAUUACUGAUUCUGGAUGAGGGAGGUGGAAACUGGAAAUACUUUAGUGUCAAUUUCACCUCAGAAACCGAGUACCAGAUUGUACUAGAGGGAAUUAAAGGAGAGAAGGGUUUUCUUGCCCUGGAUGACGUGCGGUACACGGUUGGGGUGAACUGUGCUGGACAGAAGAAUGACCAAACCUCAUCAUCUGACAACACAGGAACCACUGUGGCCUCUGUUGUAUUCGUCAUUCUGCUCUUACUGAUUCUCGCUGCCUUGUUUGUGUUCUACCUGAAGACUAAACACAAUGCCAAUGCCUCAGUGGAUACCUCAAACGAAUCUCAUGUAACCUGCACUGGCUUUGGCAAUGAACUGUAUGGUUCUGGAGAUGCUCAAUAUCCCGAUGAGGGGCAUGAGGAUACAAGGCCGUAG